AGUCCACAAUCAUAACAAAUUACUAUCAAAUAUUCCACACUUCCAUCCCCACCAGCUAUCUUCUCAAUUUUCAGGUCAAACCCCAUAGUCAUUUCUCCAAUUUCUUCAUAUCAUUUUCAAAUUAAUGGGUAAAGGAGGUGGUUGUUUUCCUAGCAAAAACAAACCACCCGAACCGGAUCAGAAUCCAGAAAAUCCCAAUCCGAAUUCUGAUCCGGUUCCGGUAGUUACCAACACACACAACACCCCAUAUCCAUCCAUAACAACAACAACACUGAACCCCGAAACCAAGAAGUUAAAAAUCUUUAUAGUCUUUUAUUCAAUGUACGGACAUGUUGAAAGCCUGGCAAGGAAUAUUAAAAAAGGAGUAGACGAAAUAGAUGGAGUUGAAGGUGUUCUGUUUCGAGUACCCGAAACAUUGUCACAAGAGACAUUGUUGGCAAUGAAAGUGCCCAUGAAAAGUGAUGAUGAUAUUAAAGAGAUAUUGGAUGCUGAGGAAUUGUUGGAAGCUGAUGGAUUGUUGUUCGGGUUUCCGACAAGGUAUGGGACUAUGUCGGCCCAAAUGAAGGCGUUUUUCGACACGACGGGUGGGUUGUGGAAAGAACAGAAGUUGGCUGGAAUUCCGGCUGGGUUUUUUGUUAGUACUGGGACACAAGGUGGCGGCCAAGAAACAACUGCAUGGACAGCAAUAACACAACUAGCACAUCAUGGAAUGAUAUAUGUUCCAAUUGGAUACACAUUUGGAGCCGGAAUGUUCAAAAUGGACUCAAUUCGAGGUGGCUCUCCGUAUGGAGCCGGUGUAUAUUCAGGUGAUGGCACCAGAGAACCAAGCCAAACCGAACUUGAACUUGCACUACAUCAGGGCAAGUAUAUGGCCAUGAUUGUCAAACGGUUUGGACCAGCCCAAUAAAAACAAAUGGGCUAGUCAGCAUUCAAAAGAAGAUAUAUGUGAUAAAAGUGUAGAACACAAAUUGAUAUAUACCAGCAAUAUACAACUUUCAAUAUAAAAGGUAUACAAAUAAAAAAUUAUGAGAUUUAUUGGAUUAUUACUAUAGAAAUAUGUGAAACCUAUUAUUAUCUCCAUUUAUUCUUCUUUCCAUUUGUUCAUUUGUAUUGUGUGUUGACAAGGAAGAAAAAGAAUUUUCAUAUACUAUUUUAUUAAUUUUAUCCAUGAUUUUGUUCUAGUAAAGUGGUUAUAUAAUAUGUUUGUAUUGUGCU